AUGAAAAUCUGGCGUAGCUUUUUGCAGUUGGACGACGCUUACGAAGCUUUUUCCGAGGCUCGUAGAAGUCUAGGCAAAAACUUUGACUUCAUACUUGACCAUUUCGCUGCUUCUGUCCAUAGCAACAAGGACUUCGCUAAAAUAGACGUGGAGGGCCGUAGAUCUGUUAAGAUCCGAGCGGCCAAGGCCAAGCUGCAAAAGCUGAUCGACACCAUCAGCGCAGGGGAGAAAGCAAGGCACCCUGAUAAAGUUCUUCGGUUGUCAAUUAUCGAAGUUUGUUGGGAGACGAUGGUGAAGAUGAGGAGGAGGAGCAAGAAAUGGGCAACCGUCAGAGAACGGGACGAACUGGCGCUGACGGAUACUAUCGGUAAUUUUGUAUGCCGUUCAUGCACAAAUAGCUUCAGAAAAGCCCUCACCCGUCUAUCGGAGCAGCCCUGCCGGCAGACGAUCGAAUUUGGUGCGUUGACGUCACUAAAACCAACCACGGAAGCCAACGAUUUGAAAAAUUAUGAGAAGGCAAACCGGCUAAUGCCGUCACUCCGAUAUAAGGACCCCCAGAGAUAUACGCAGGAGAUCCUGAGCUGUAUUAGAUAUAAUGGCGAAAAGGACAAGGACGGCCAGAGCGACUAUUUAAAAAUU